GAGGAACAAUCCCCCACCCCCUCCCCGCUCUCUUCCGGCGGAGGGAUUCCGUCGCUUCCAUCCAUCCGCUCGGCUGGCGGAAGGAUAUGACGCUGUGGGAGGAGUUGCGUGCCGUGCGCAGAGAGGAAGGAGAUCCGGCAGAGACAGCUAGGGAGAGAAGGAGUCCGGAGGGCAGCAGCUGAGACGAACCGAGGGGGGAAAAAGGGCGACAGGACUUUCCCCCCUUCCCCACCCACGGGGGGAAGGGGGUGCAACGCGACCAAGGCAGCUGCUCUCCUUCCGCGUCGCUGCCCCUACAGACCGCCGCCGCCCCUCCCCCAUCCUUACUCACCGCUCCUCUCCGGCCAGACGAGCGGAGGAAGCCGGCCUCGCUGCCCGUCAGGCGUAGAGGUCCGCGGGACGCCCCGAGAGGUGGCAAGACGGGCGGCCGCGACUCGAAACUUACCCUCAACAGCCGGCGCUCUUAAAGGUACAGCUCGGGGGUGCGGUUGGGGGGAUAGGACAGCGAGAAGAGGGGACGCUUUUCCGCCGGAGGACAAGAAACCCCCUCAAGCCUCCAGCUCCUGUCAAUGGAUUUAAAGGGAACUCGGCCCUCUUAAAGGGGAAGUUUGUCUCCGGGCCUCAUUGUGACUCAAGAGAGGGGGGGGGCGGCUUUUAAAGGGGCCGCCGGAGGACUUUGGACGCUGGAUGCCCAAAGGGAAGCGCGGAGUGAGCCGAGGAAGCGCUUGGUGGUCCUUUAAAUGCCGAUGGUGGAAACAAAACAAAAAAAGUGGCUGUUUGACGAGGAGGACUUUAAAAAUAAUAAUAAUUAUAAUAAUAAACAAGGUGCUUAAAGGCGAGGCCGUGCUGCUUCGACAGGAAACGUGUGGCGGACACUUAAUCGGACGUUCUUAAAGGGGAUGGAAUGAGAGGAAGCAGAUUCUCAAGCCUGGACUCUUAAAGGGCAAGGUCAUACCUUUUAGGAGGAAUCCGGAAGAUUCUUAAUAAAAAAAAAAAAAAAGAAACCGUAAGGUUUUCAAAAGGGAACGUGGCUUCGAAAGGAAAAUGCCUCCAGGGGAAUAACUCUGGGAGCUCUCAAAGCCAGGGUGGAAGCCAAUGCUCUCGAGGAGAGGGAGCCAUUUGCCAUUGUUGGCAGGAAAUCCGCAUCUGCAGUCUUAAAGGGGAAGCUCCUGAAGCGCUUAUUUGCCCCCUCUGGGCACUUAAAUCAGAAACUUCCAAAGGGAGAAGCAGCGGAACUGGCAAGCACCACAAGUUGAUGCCAAGGGAUUGUCACUUUUGCUGGUUUCAAAGGAUCCCCAUCUCUUUGUGACUGAUUCGGAGGGAUGUAAAAUUCCGAUUAAAGCAAGCAAUAUAAAGGAGAACCUCUUUUUUCACAAGCGUGGCACGUUUCUUCCUGGCUUCCACAGAAGAGCAGAAAGCCAGCAGGGACAGCUGCAAUGCUUCUGGCUGGUGAGGGGUGAAGGGUGUCUUCCUUCUUUUUCACGUGCCUGCAACAGCCAUUGGACACAACACAAUUUAUUUUCUGUACUUCAGAAGGGAGCAUAAUGGAAGGAACAACAGCAGCUCCUACCCCAUGUUGGAGUGGGGGAGGAGGCAGCAGUAGCCGAGCACGGAGACGGCGACGUUGCUCACGGCGGGACCGUGAGAGUCGCUGUGCACGCCGUAGAGGAAGCCGUCUUGGAGACCCUUCCCAUCGGGGCUUGUCGUCUUCCUCAUCUUCAGCAUCAGACAGUGAGGGCCCCUCUCCACCUGCACCUAUGGCUCCUAGAAAAGGAGGUCCACUACAGCAGCAGCGGCGACGGCGACGGCCCCUCCGACGGCGGAAGAGAGUUUCUGGAUCAUCUUGCAGUCAUGAGGAGGAGGAGGAGGAAGAGGAAGAAGAGGACCUCAUUGAUGGCUUUGCCAUUGCGAGCUUUGUCAGUUUAGAGGCACUUGAGAAGGAUGCAACCUUGAAGACUCCAGAGCGAUUGGAGCUUCGGCUGAAACAUUCGGGAAAGAGGAAACGGGGUGAGGGAAAUAAUUCUGAGCCUGAAGAUGAAGACCAAGGCUCAGUAAAGAAUCGCAGCCAGGGCUGUAGAGGGGAGAGAGCACUGAGGAAACGAAGCAAGAGACUGCACAAAGAGCCUUCUCUCCAAUCUUACCUGGAAACUGGAUAUAUAUGUGAUACAGAAAGCGACCCAGAGGAGCAGGCCUCCAUUGAUGACCUCGAACAGUCAUUCACUGUCUCAACCAGCAAAGCCUCGGGACCCAUUGGUGCAUUAAACGGGAGCUGUGAAGCCAAACUCUCUGUGAUCCCUAAAGUCUCUGGCCUGGAACGGAGCCAGGAGCGUAACUAUGAGGCUGACCGGGACUCCCUGCUAGUGCCUUUCCUGCCUAAGGAACCCCCUUCUCAGGCAGCUACUGCCCCUAUUCUGGCUCAGGCCUUGCCGCCAACUCCUCCUGCCCCACCUCCUGUCAAGACUCGGGCUCAGACACCUAACACUGUUCGUGGGACGCCCCAGCCCAAAGGCCAGCUGCCUCCCAUGCCUCAGGGUGGAGCAGUUACCCACAGCCUUGCCCAGAGCCAACUGCACAUGAAGGUGCCACCUUUUGCCAGCCAGACACAGGCCCCGUACUCUGUAGGGCUCGACCUCAGCACUGGAGGGUGCAGCCGCGGUGCAGCUCACCCCAAGCCCAUCCUCCCACCCUGCUCCCCCUCUUCUUCUCAACUCCCUCACCGGCCUUCCACCCCCUCGCUGGCCCUGCCCCCCCACGCCUUUCCCUCCACCCUUCGGCCCCCUUCCCACCACCACCCAGGCAUGUUCACCCCCUCGCCUGGCCUCCCACCGCCACCCCCGUUGCUUCAAGUUGCUGGGCACCCAGCUGCAGCCGCUGCCAUAUCUGAACAAGAAUUAAUCCGCCAAGACUUGAGUUCCCGAUUCCUCACGACGCAAGGCGGGGCCGACAUGGGAGCUGCUGCCAUUCGUCCUCUGGCUUUUCAGUUCCACCAACACAACCACCAGCACCAGCACACCCACCAGCACACCCACCAGCACUUCACUCCUUUUCCGUCAGGCAUGGUGCCCACACCCAGCCCAGCCAUGUAUGAGAAGUACCCUGGGAAAAUGGAUGGGCUUCUGAGACAUAAUUUUUAUCCUGCCUACUCCCCAACCGUGUCGGGGAUCUCCCCAGUCCUGCCUCCUGCUGUGAAUUUUGGCUCCCUGCAGGGGGCAUUCCAACCUAAGAGCACUAAUCCUGACCUGCCUUCCCGGCUGGGUGCUGUCCCGCCCAGCAUGUCCCAGAAAGGCACCCAGAUCACCGAUCCUUUCAGGCCGACCUUGAGAAAGCCGGGGAAGUGGUGCGCCAUGCACGUCCGUGUGGCAUAUAUGAUCCUGCGGCACCAGGAGAAAAUAAAGCUGAUGCAAGGCGAUCCCCAUAAGUUGGAUUUCCGGAAUGACCUCCUCACUGGCUUGCCUGAGACCGGAGCCUUUGGCAGUCUGCCCCAUAGCCAGGAGCUGGCACGCCCAGCCACUCUUUUCACAGCCGCUGGUGUCGUCCAUCCAGGCAAUGCCCCCUCCUUUGGCCCUGCCGCUACUCCUCAUGGCUCUUUCCUCAACCCCAGCCCCCACAUUGAUCCCUUUGGUAGGCCUCCUAGCUUUGCCUCUCUGGGCGCCCUCUCCAACGGGGCAUUUGGCGGCCUGGGCAACCCAUCCUUCAACUCAAGUGCAGUCUUUGGGCAGAAGGACACUCCUGGGGCUCCUGCCUUCCCUAGUCCACAUGAGGCAUGGAAUCGCUUACACCGUACACCUCCUUCCUUCCCUACUGCCCCAGCCUGGCCCAAAGGUGGUGGCAGUAAUGGAACAGAGCGUGGAAGCAGCCAACUUGACAAGGAGAGCGAGAAGCCUGAAGGGCCAGUGAUCAAGGAUGAGAAGGACAGAGAUCCUGGCUUCUUCUCCCGCCAUUCGCUGCGCUCCUCUCCAGCUACUCCCACCUCAAAGAACCCAUCACUGAUCCACGAGGAGCCUCCAAGCCGGCCCCAUUUACAAGCAGAACGAGAACAUCGCUAUGGGAGCCCGGCAAGUUCAGGGCAUGCCUCCCGCUCCCCUUACCCAGAGUUGCCUCUCAAGAAAGAAGUGAAGAUCAAGGAAGAGCCGGAUAUGCCUGGCUUUGAGGGAGCUCUACGCACGGGUGCUUCCUAUCACAGCACCCUGCAUGUCUCCCACCCCCUUGGGACCCUGGCCGUGUUUGAGAGACCCCAAGCUGGGACUGGAGGAAGUGUCUCUCCCUACUUGGUGGCCGCUCCGCCCUCAGCUGCCUCCUAUGCAGCGCUCGAGGCCUGGCGAGAACCCUACCACCACCGGGGCCUGGACUUGCACCCGCUACAGCGGCUGCCCCGCUACCUGGAGACCCCAUCGCCUGCUGCUGCUGCUGCUGCUGCUGCUGCUGAGGACUAUGAAAGAGCCCGGUUGUAUGGUUUGGCUCACCCACCGCACCCCAGCCUCAUGGCUUAUCCCCGUCACCAAAACGGACUGCUGGCAAAAGCCACACCCUCGGCAGCUGUGGCAGCUGUGGGACUGCUCAGCGCCCCACCACCUCUCAUCCCAGCUUCCAAUGCUCGUCCCUGCUCCCCUCGACGAGCCCCCGAUAUCCGAGAACUGGCAGCCUCCUACAAGGACCGGGAUUCCAGAUAAUGGUGCUCUGGGGGUACUCUAGAAUGCGAACACUUCUAUCAAACAGCCUUCCUGAUCUCUAGGAACUGAUGGGGGAGGAUUAGGGGAGUCUAGGAGGCCCGUCCAAAUUAGUGGUGGUGGGGGGAGGUGGCUUUUUGGUCACUAGAGCCGUAGUUAGGGAUAUGCUGCUGUUGUCACCCAGAAGGACUUUGACCUGGAGUUGAAUAAGGGGGUGCAUCUGGGAGAGGAGUUCAGGAAUGCUGGUGCCAGUCAUCAUUCCUGAUUUCUGCAAAGGCCUCCUCUUCCGGCCUCUGAAGAUGUUGGGAUUUCUGUCCUCCUUCCAGCAUUCCUGCUGGGCUAAAAAGAGACUCAAUGGACUGAUGAGAAGGCUGCUUUCAGGGGAAGGGGGAGGGCUUGACUCUCUGGGCACCUCCCUCAUGAGGUAGUGUAAAUAUUUAUAUAUUCUCCCCUCGGCAGAUGGGGAAAAGGUUUUUGUACAUUUAUAAAAGGUUUGAGAUUGUGAUUUAAAAAGUGACUUCUCUUCCUUCUCCCCCUCCUGCCCUCUUUUGUUUCCCUUUGUUUUUACUGUACUGCUCUUUUCUAUACCUGUAUUCAUUCACUCCUGCCCAAUCUCCUGAUCCCUUCUCCUGUAAUUAAUGGGAUGGUGCAACACACUUGUCCAAUGCCCUUUUCUUCCCCAGGCUGGUUAAUUAAACUCCAAACUGGUGUUUCUCGAUUCCUUGCUGUGUGUGUGUUAGUUGAGGAGAAGGGAGGGGAGGAUACGAAUUCUCACCUUCUUCCAGGACAGCAGAGACAAAUGAGAGGGUGUGGAAUAGCACAAGGUGAAAUUCUUGGAUGGGGAAAUUGCUCUCUUGGGUACUUUUAAUUUUUGAAGUCUCUGAAAAGCAUAAAUGAAGCUAAAUACAGAAUCUAUGCAGUGCUUUAAUGCAAACACCCUGUGGCCCCGAAAAUAUUCACAGAGCACAGCUAUCAUGUAAAUUUAGAGUUGCUGUUUGUGGAAGGUAGAAACUCGGCAGAAUCAGCAGUGUUUUGGGGAAAAGAAUAGGGGCCCAUUUUCCUUUCCACCAUUUAAAGUAGAGCUGCUCAACAUGCAGUUUCUUCACUCUCUGCAGUCCCAAGUAUCACUAAAAGGUGACCUGGAUUGUACUUGUUAAUAUGGAAAAGGGGCAGAAUUAUUAAAAACGGGAAAUAAUCGUC